GACAUGUAAAAAAAUGCGGGUGCAAGGUUCAGUCCAGUUGCGGUCUACCAUGUGUUUGCAAGAUUGCCGAGUACAUGCAGCGCGGGACUCGUAUUCAGCCUCAUGUGAUAGACCCGUUUUGGAUAAAGCUUGACUUAACACCGUGGACAUGCGUAGAAGACGAAGACGAUGAAGACGAUGUCCAUAAAGUCGUUGAUGGUCUUACAAAUUUCUUGGAUUAGCAACCCAAGGCCCAAAAGAAACAUUGGUUGUCAAAAAUUAAAGACAUGUUUAAGCCCGGUAAGACACAAGUGAAAGAUCCUCUUGUUCAAAAGACCACACGCGGAAGACCAGUCGGCUUGAAACAAAAGCCGCCAAAGGUGCCGGAUCUCAAGAAAAACCCACCUGGGCUUCGAAAAUCCAAGUCCAGUCGACCGAGGGAAUACAAGGUGCCAGAUUUGAACAAACCCCCACCUGCGCAGCCCGCCAGACAAAGUGAGUACGCCCCAACGACAUCACGGUUCGACAACACACAUGAUUAUUUUGAUGACCUAAAGGGUGCGCGACACAGUAUGUACGAGCCGUCCCAGUCCUGUCGUUAUCCCGAGAAACGAAACUUGUUCGAGGAUCAAUCCCACCCCGAAGCAGAGUGGGUCAAAUAUAAUCCUGACUUUUCCGGAAACCUGCACCCAUAUCCAGGUCUUGAUGAUAUAUAUACAUUCGGGGAGCCGUCCCAAUCCUACGGGGUCGGGGAAACACCAUUUGUGACACAAAAAUUAUAUGGCUUUGGGGAAACGUCCCAAGCCCAUUGGCUCAACUAUGACCAACCAUAUUCCAACUUAGUUGAUGACUUCUUCGGGGCACCACAGACACAACCUAACUAUGCACCAAUAUAUGAAACAACGCAGGAACAGGUGUCAGAUCCAGAGUCAGAGGCACAGUCCUCGACCAGUUGGGUUGGGUAUGUUGUGGAACCAUAUAACGCCAGUCUUUCCAAAAAUUACCAUUGGGUACUAGAUGAGAUACCAUCGUACUUAAGGCCGUACGUUGUAGGUGCACAGAAUGUCAAAGGAGAUGGUAAUUGUGGAUUUCGAGCUACCGCUGUUGCUUUGGGGCUAGAUGAGGAGAUGGGUGCAGAGUGGGUUCGUACGCAGAUGCUCGCGGAGUAUGAAUCUGACCUCGAUGGGUAUAUGCAAAUGUUUGGGCAAACAGAGGGCACCCGCAUGUUGUCGGCGCUGCAAACAUCUUAUUAUGGAAGAAGCCGGCCCAGAGAUUAUUGGAUGAGUAAAGUGUGGUUCCAUAUCCUCCUGGCCAAUAAACUGGGUAUAAUAAUCAACUGCGUCAGCCUACGUGACCCCGCACAGUAUUCCCGAUGCAUCACGGCUUGGAUCAACUGUUAUUCCAGCAACCGAUAAGUAUUGCUCUCAUAAAUGACGAAACCCAUUUUGUUGCGGUGAAAUUAGCAGGCGACUACCCAAUGGCUUACAAGAAUCCAGAGUGGGAUUUCCACGCAACCGGUCCUGCACGUCGACUAGCAUCAACGUACGCGAAUCAAGAACAAGCGUAUCAAAAUUGGUUGUAUGCAAACAUACCAAGAGUACCACCAGGGCCUCCUAUUGUAAUAAAUGAUUAAAUCCGUUCGAUGUUUUAUAUAGGUUGUAUUGUACAUAUAUUUAUUUUAUAGUUUUCUAAACAAGU